AUGACAACAACCUUGUCUGGGCAUCUCUUCAGCUCUCGGAGCGCCGAAUAUCAUGAGUCCGCACAUGCUAGAUACUGGACUGGUGUGCCUUAUGAACGUACUCGCCUGAAUCUGCUCGACAUAUGCGUACCCAAGAGACAGCCUGAAAACCCCCAACAGGCAAUAUGGCUUGUUCUCAAUGCUGCUCUGGACAUGAUUCUCGAGGCCGAUCAACCAUACAAUGUUGCCGGGUUCGUGUCACUUGACUAUCGCCUAUCGCCAUAUCCCUCGCAUCCGACUUCUCCAUCGUCUCCAGGUGAUGAUAGUCGCAAUGUACAACACCCAGAACAUCUAAACGAUAUCCUCGCCGCUUUGUUCUUCCUUGGUGCCAAUACUGCCUAUCGAGAGUUUGUCACGGCUGCUUUUGGUGAAGAUGAGAAGAUAUGGGCCACGGCAAGCCAACUGUGCUGCAGAUUGCAAAAGUGGCAAGGCAAUGUCUUGCUCAUACAAUCUGUCAGCGAUGAAUUGGUAGAUAUGCAGCAAACUGACUUGAUGGUCGACAAGUUGGUCAUGCAAGGAUUCACCAAAACGACAACAACUGUGGCAGGAAACGAGAGCAAACAAGUGUCGAAGAUUGUCAUUGAUUGCCUGCAUGAUGAGGUGUGGGAGAAGGGAGUCGAGUUGGCAAAGGCGAUUCGAGCUGUGACCGCCCAGAAAUAG